AAAGACAGCAACAAUAAUAAAAUCACCAGUUCUUCCAGUAGUUCCAGUGUCAAGGAUUUAAAAGAAGAUAAUAAACCCAACACACCUACCUCAGAAUACACACCUUCCAACCGCUAUAUGGACUGGCGUGACAGAGACCGCGACAGAGACCGUGAUCGUAGAUACCGAGAAGAAGAUCGCCGUCGAGACUAUGAUAGACGAGGCUAUAUGCGUGAUUUGCGCUAUGAUUCACCUUCUUACGGUGCGCCACCACCUCCGCCACCCAUGAACUACCAAAUUCCUCCAUUCAAUGGCGAUUCGUACCGUCCAGACCGUGAUCGAGACCGUGAUAUGCCUCCUUCGCCCAACAUACCCUACUAUGAACGAGACCGUCUGGAUGAUCGUGAUUUUUACAGACCGGGUCGUAACAACACUGCACCAAACAACAAUAACAAUAAUACGAAGAAAAUCAUUGAGCCUGUGGUCGCUUCUACACCUGCAUCUGCAUCUGCGCCUGCUGCUGUUGUCACUUCAACUGCAACCACAAACGCCACUCCCACGACACCUCCCAUGGUCACAUCUCCCGCAACCACAUCACCCACGACUACAUCUCCUAUUGCCCCAGCAGCAACAGCAGCUACGACAUCUACAACAAUUACGACAGCUACAACGUCUACAACAGCUACAACGUCUACAACAGCUACAACGUCUACAACAGCUACAACGUCUACAACAGCUGCAAUAGCCACAACAGCUACAACAGCUAUAACGGCUUCAGCAGCACCAGCAGCUUCAGUAGCCGCAACUCCUGCUACCAGCGUUGAGAAGGAAGCCACACCCACCUCUCCGCAAAUCGAGCAAGGCGAAGUGAUUGAGAUGGAACUCCCGGUGAUGACACAAGAGCAAAUCGUGAACCGUAUUGACGACAUUGAAAACGAGUUAUCGAUGGAAGAAGAAUUAUUAGCACUUGCGGAGAAACGGGAGCGCGAAGCUAUUGAGCAAGAGAAUGCGAAUGCGGAUGACGAAGAUGAGACGGCGGAAGAGGAAGCGGCCGAGAAUAAAGAAGAGGCGAAAAAGCAAGCGUUGCAGGCCAUGGAAAACGAUCCUUGUGUGAAUAACAUGAUGGAUUUCUCCGACGAACUGGCGUCGCCCAUGAUGAUGCGUAAACGACCUCAGCUGCUGAUCAAUCAACUUCGGGCUAAAAAUGACGAGGAGGAGGAUCGUUUGUAUGAGAAGAUCUUGGAAGAGAAUCGACAGGUGGCCAAGAAGAAUGCGGGCGGCGAUGGUGAAGAUUGGUCGGAUGAAGAGAGUUGGAAAAAGCCCUUGUAUCCCUCGUUGGCUGACUAUCCUUGUUAUAAGGAAAAUAUAGCUAAAUUCGAUCAGUUGCGUAUUCAUAUCUCACACUCUUUGGCCACUCAAAAGGUAGCGCUUGUGAAAAAGGAAAAGUUUCUCAAGAAGGAGUACAAGGCGUUAUACGAACAAUGGAAGGAAAAGAAUUUGGCCCUCGAUCGUAUUCGAGAUAUCGAACGUAAAGGACCCGAUAAAUUUGGCGGACAUCGUACAUCCAGUCGUCGUAUUCAAGAACAACAACCGGAGGAAUAUACCGACGGUGUCAUCUUUACUGCCAAUUCCGAAGAUGCGCUUCGUUUCAGUAAUGGCGGAUCUUCUACGCCUUACAACAAUAACGGUCUCUAUACUUCUGAUGCCGCACGUUCUGAAGCCGAAUUACUCGAGAUCAUUCAAUCCUUGGAAUCCGCCGAGAUGCGUAACCCUGAAAACCGAGCCAAAAAGACGACGGCCACGAUCCCAUCCAUGAUACUGGACGUACGUGAACGCAUGCGUACCUAUGACGAUCGUAGUCGAUUGGUCAAGGAUCCGUUAACGUAUUACCACACUGGACCGGAUACGGGAGAUGUUUGGAACCAACAAGAAGUCACAACCUUUAUGGAGAGUUACAUGAUGUACCCCAAGCAAUUCGAACGUAUCUCCGUUGCCAUUGGAACCAAAACAGCACCUCAAUGUGUCUUAUUUUAUUACCGUAAAAAGAAGAAGAUUGAUUUCAAGGCCUUGAUGAAGAAGGGACGGAGGGGUAAAGCCAACAAAAAUAGAGAUCGUAUUGCAGCCGCUAUCCGUAUCGCUACCAAUGAUUCCUCGCCUACCGGAAGAAAGGCCAAGAGUAAAGGAUCCGCUUUGAUGACCGAUAUCGGCGAAGCUCAAAACUCGAGAAAGGCCAAAGAAAAAGAUGCGGCUGAACGAAAAAGUAAAGAGUUACGGGAUUUAGAGCAAGCCAAUCAAUAUUGGGAUAGUGUGGCCGAAAGAAAAAAGACAAAACGACCUACUGUACCUCCUAUUUUCAUGCCUAAUAUCCCUUCAGGUCCUCCCAGUAGUGCUUCGGAUGAUACUGAUACCAUGAUGGUAUCCACUCCUACAACCGCGACGACGACCACAGAAAAACGUAGAACAAACUCGGGCUCACAAGUGCCUCGUCGUAAUAAAGGAAAAUCGCCUCGUGAUAUUGAACCAGCCGUAACUGAACAGGUUCGCUCAACGGAAGAGACUACCACCACCACGAUGGAUAGUGCGGAAGAUGAAGAGGAUAAAACCGUACCGUAUGCUGGGAACACGGCCUUGAACAGUGGCGUGGCCAAAUGGUCCGACCGUGAAAAGGAAAUGGCGGUGGAAGCAUUUAAAGAACACCGUCGUGACUUUGUUCAAGUCUCUGCCCUUGUCAAAUCCAAAACAGAGGAACAAUGUCGUAACUUUUACCAUAAUUUCAAGCGUAAAUUCGGUCCCAAUGCCUUUGAUGAAGAAGAUGCGCGUCAACAGGAGAUUGCACCCGAUGUUCAUUCUGAAGUCGCUCUGGCCGGAAGAACCGAUUUGAAAGCAGAAGAAGAGGAUGCUGCUGCUGCUUUAGUUGGUAUGUUUCAAAUGGGUGCGAACACAACUGUCAAGGACGAGUUAUCUUCUCGAUCAAGAACUCCCAGUAGUGACCUUGCACUUGUCUUACCCCCUUCUUCUGCAUCAUCCACUCAACAAAAGCGACGUAGGGUCCGAUCCACGUCCAGCCGAGCCGAAAGUGUGAAUGGGGAUGAGACGCUUGCUUCGGAAUGGGCGGAUGCUGACUAUGGUAGUAAGAACGGAGGGCGCAAAUUAGGACGUACGACGUCACUGAGUGGGAGUAAACGUCCGGUGUAUUCGUCGUAUUGGUCUGUAUCUGAGCGUAACGAAUUCUUGAGGCUUCUGGGUGUGCAUGGGCGUAACUGGGAUCAAGUGGCAAACGAGAUGAAGAGCAAGACGGUGAUCCAAGUACGCAAUUUCUAUGUAAAUAAUGAAGAAAAGAUGCAAUUGAAGGAUGUGGUGGAUCGCUAUCAUUCGAAUAAAAGUGAAAGUAUGCCACCGAUGGGUACAUCAUUUGAUACGAGUGCAGCACAUUUUCAAGCAUUACAGAAUUUUCCGUUUCCUUCACCGAUUCAUCCAGCAGCUGCAACGCCUAGUGCAACAGCAACAUCUAGUGCGACAUCAACGUCGUUGCAUGGUUACCCAAGAUCCGGUUACUUUUCUUCCACUCCACCACCAGCAGCAGCAGCAGCAGCAGCAGUGACAACGCCUAACAAUAAUUAUCCGAGACCGAGUGCGGCACCGAGUGAAGCACCUUCUGCCGUGACCAAAGUGGCGGAUCUCUUAAAUAACGAUGAUCCUGCUGAACCUAGUCAGAGUAGUUGGGAUUCUUGGUUUGGAACUUAG